AUAUUUUCGCGGGAAAUUCAAGAUGGCGGCCAUGGACGAAAGUAACAAGGAAAUGCAACAUUCUGUGGAAAAUACAUCUUCUACAGAUGGUUCCGUAGGGAGGAUGAAAAUUUUGCGAAAUGUAAUGCUGAAAACAAUUAAGUCAUUUACAGGAGAACUGAAGUUGGUAUCACCUUUGACUGGAGUAGAUAACACUCACUUGGAACACCUACAUAGUAAAACUAUUUCACAGCUUGAGGCAAAUAUACAGUGUGAGUUAGAGCAGAUGUACAAAGAGGAAAAUCUGGAAACAUUACUAAACAGCCUUGAUAAGAUCAUAGCUGAGAACCCAUCACAGCCUGGCACAGUGGCAUGGCGUCCAAGUGGUAAUGUAAAGGAGGAUGUAAGAUGUGAAGUAGGUGUGUUAAAGAGAGAGAAAUUGAAAGCAUUAAAGCAGACAUUGAAUGACCUUGAGGCACAGAACAAACUAUUGAGAGAUAAAGUACAAGAAAGAGAGCAACAUCUUCUCAGAACCAGGGAUAAAAUUGUGUCCAUUGCUGAUGACUUUGAAGAGAUUGUUGAUACAGAAAAUAUAACAGACUGAGAGAAGUGGCAUUAGAUAAAUGUUAGAUCUACACUAUGAUGAAGACUGUCUUAGAAGUGAGCUGCCUUAAGAGUGAUAUAUAUUUUUGGAAAAUAAAGGACAUAUUUCAUUCUUAUAAAAGCACUUUAUGAAUAAACCUUAAUUGGUUUUUGACCUUUGUAAAAAGUAGGAAUAUCAUACAGUCGACAGCAUUCAAGGAAUGGGAACCAACAACCCCUGCUCAUCAGGCUGCCAGAGUCCAGCUAUCUAUCUGUUAUGUUAGUCAUUCACUCUGCUUGUAAAGCCCACAUUUUGGGAUCAAUCACUCAGGUUCUUGUAAACACAUUGGUAAAAUGAAGCAGUACAGAAAUCAUGUUUUUUGCUGAAGGAUAUUUGUAAGA